CAAAAGCAAUGUUGGGAUGAUCAGGUGGUACAACUAACCUUGCACGCUAAACUAAUCUAAGUAUUGAGCUUCAGCAUCCCACUUCAACAACCACCCCCACACUCUCGUAUCCUGCCAAUACAUCCCACAUAACAUACCUCGUGCCCCUCAUUCUCUUCUCUUUAUUUACUUUAAUUGCCCCUCUCCCACCAUGACCACGCCCAAUACCGUCCUAAUCGACGUCCGCACGCCGGCAGAGUUCUCGACCGGAGCUUUGUCGAACAUUUCCUCAGAAGCCAUCAACAUCGAGUAUCAAUUGAUCGAUACUUUGCCUGAAGUCCUCGCGCAACGAGGCAUCGAUAUACAGAAGUCAGACGAUAUUACGCUGUACUGCCGGUCCGGAAGAAGGUCGAAUAUUGCACUCCAGGUGUUGAAAGAGUUGGGAUAUCAGAACGUGAGGGACAUUGGAGGAUUAGAAGAGGCGAGGGCAGUGCUCAAGAGAGAGGAAGCUUUACGGGGAUUGGAUAAGGGUGACGUCGUUGGGGUGGAGGUCGCAUUAAGGCCGAAAGAUGAUGGAAAGAAAGAUUCGAGGGAGAAGAGCUUUGGAGCUUUGCUGGCUGGACUGAAGGACUUGGAUUGACGGAUCACAUCAAUAGUGGAAUGAUUAUGAAGAUAAACGAGUGGAAGUUGAAGCUAUCAAGAGAAGAGGUAUCUAAAUAUGCAUAUGC